AUGUCGACCCAGGAUCUCCAGUGGCUCCUUGUUCGCAAGUCGAACAGCUACCUCGUUAAGCAGAAGGGCCUCGGCCGCGUGUUCUCGCGCGAGCCCGGCAACCUCGCUGCUCUCCACAGCUACAAGUACUCGGGUGUCGUGAACGACAAGUCGGUCGGCAUCGCCCCCGCUGAGAAGAAGGGUGUGAACGUCGUCACGAAGAAGACCAAGGCCUCGCCCCUUGCUGUUAAGGGUGCUCGCGCUGAGACCACCGUCAAGGGUGGCCCCCGCCGCGUCGCCGGUGCCGUCGCCAACAUCGUGGCCAAGAACCGCUACCGCCCCGACCUCCGGAAGGCUGCUGUUGCCCGCGCCACCGCCAUUGUCCGCUCGCAGGGCGGCAAGCGCUUUGUUCCCCGUGAGCGCCUUCCCCGGGGCGGCGCCGCGCUCAAGAAUGUACGCAAGGAACGCAAGGUCCGGCCGGGAUACACGCCCGCCGAAGACGUGCAACGCUUCCGGCCCCGGCACGUCGCGCAGCGCGACGACAGCGCGGCGUCGCCGCGGCCAAGGGGGGGCGCACGCAGCUUGGCGGAUCUCGUGCGUGCAAACGACAGCCAGAACACGCCGCGCGCGCCACGCACGCCGCGCAGCGACCACGGAGAAUCGCGUGCAGAUCAGGCGGCGUCGUGGAAGAAGGAGGCGUCGGUCACGCCGAGCGCGCGCAGCACGGGUGCGAAAGGCGCGGCUGGCCGCGAGCUCUUUCCCGAAAAGGGGGCCAAGGUGGACGAGAAGCGCGAGGCACGCGCCGGCGACGCCAAGGCCGGCGACGCAGUCAAGGAUGCCAAGGCCAGCCGCGGCGCAAAAGCUGCCGAGCCCAAGGACGCCCGCGACGAGGCCAAGGCCGACAAGGCCGACGCGGAGACCACCGAUACCAAGACGGACGAGGAGAAACACGGCGCAAAGCCCACCGACAAGCGCGACACCGAGUCCUUCGACUCAUCUCCCACGAGCACGGCUCCGUCCAGCGAGCUACAGCCCAAGCCCUCUACGACCAGUGCAACGACGCCAACCUCCCACGACGCAUUAGCAUCGUCACUCGCCCGUCUUUCUGUCAAGGAUGCAAACUAG